ACCCGUUCUCUCUCACACAGACACACAGUAACAUUACACAGCACAAAGCCUAUUUCACACUCUUCCUCCUCCUUAUAAAUAUGAAUGCCCCACAAAAGUCAUUCUUAGAAAAUGGCAUCCUCUUUCUCUUUUCUCUUUCUUGCUUUAUUUCUUCUUUUUCUUUCUUCUCCUGCUCUUUCGUCCAAUAAUGACGAUGAGUUUGUCCUAUCUUCUACUAAAUUCCCUGUACCAAUGGCAGAAAAACUUAUCAAUCAACUGAACUUAUUCCCUAAGCAUGAUAUCAAUAAGGUUGAACCAGGGAAAUCUGUAGCAACCACUGAGCAGAGACUAUUUGAGAAGAAAUUCAAUUUAUCUUAUCUUGGUGAUUCUGGAGCCACUGUUCAAGACUUGGGUCACCAUGCUGGUUAUUUUCGUCUUCCACAUACUAAAGAUGCAAGGAUGUUUUAUUUCUUCUUUGAAUCAAGAAGCAGCCAGAAUGAUCCAGUUGUUAUAUGGCUAACAGGAGGGCCAGGAUGUAGCAGUGAAUUGGCUGUGUUUUAUGAAAAUGGACCUUUCAAUAUAGCAGACAAUAUGUCACUUGUCUGGAAUGAUUUCGGCUGGGACAAGGUCUCAAACCUAAUAUACGUGGAUCAGCCAACUGGAACUGGUUUUAGUUACAGUUCUGAUGAGGAUGAUAUUCGUCACGACGAAAGGGGUGUAAGCAAUGAUCUUUAUGAUUUCUUACAGGCCUUCUUCAAGGCGCAUCCACAGUAUGAAAAGAAUGAUUUCUACAUCACUGGAGAAUCAUAUGCUGGGCAUUACAUUCCUGCAUUUGCUUCUCGGGUUCAUCAAGGUAACAAGAACAAGGAAGGAACUCACAUAAACCUUAAGGGAUUUGCUAUUGGUAAUGGACUCACUAAUCCAGAAAUUCAGUACAAAGCCUACACUGACUAUGCAUUGGACAUGAGAUUGAUCAAAAAAGCUGAUUAUAAUGCCAUAGACAAGUCAUACCCAAAAUGUCAACAGGCUAUUAGGCUUUGUGGAACUGAUGGUGGAAGUGCAUGCAUGGCUGCAUAUCUUGUUUGCACAAGCAUCUUCAACAAAAUUAUGGAUGUUGUGGGUGACAAAAAUUACUAUGAUGUCAGGAAGACUUGUGAUGGUGACCUCUGCUACGACUUCUCCAAGAUGGAAACUCUCCUCAACGAUGAACAAGUUAAGCAUGCCCUUGGUGUCGGGGGUAUUGAUUUCGUUUCGUGCAGUUCUACAGUUUACCAGGCAAUGCAGUUGGAUUGGAUGAGGAAUCUUGAAGCUGGUAUUCCUCCACUUCUUGAGGAUGGCAUCAAGCUACUUGUCUACGCCGGGGAAUAUGACCUUAUCUGCAAUUGGCUUGGGAACUCGAGAUGGGUGCAUGCAAUGGAAUGGUCCGGGCAGAAAGACUUUGGGGCAGCCCGAUCCGUACCUUUUACAGUAGAUGGUGAAGAGAAAGGAAUUCAAAAGAACCACGGGCCUCUGACUUUCCUCAAGGUCCAUGAUGCAGGUCACAUGGUUCCAAUGGAUCAACCUAAGGCAGCUCUGGAAAUGCUCCAGAGGUGGAUGCAAGGGAAAUUGUCUAAGGAAGGUCACUUUGCUCAUAUGUAACUUCUUCAACUAAUGAGCUACAAUACAAAGAUACAAUAACAGUUUUACGAGUUCAUAUGUGGUUCCAGGAAAUGAUACUAAUCAUGUAAAUACACUUCACCAUUUCAUGUUAUCCUACACCUAGUUUGAGGAGAAUGGUGUUCUUUCUGAGGUUACACUAAGCAUUAAAAUGUUGAAGAACCACAAUCCAACUCUUUUAAUUUGUUAAUUUUA